AUGGUUUGUGUACCAUGCAUAUUAUUGCCGAUCGUUUUGGCCAUUUACAUUAGAUUUAUUCAACCAAUAGUGUUCCGGUUGUUGCCAGAAUCUUGGAGGGUGGCGUUUGAUGCGGUCAUGUAUCCAACGUGUCGUAUCCCUAACACUGAAGCUAAAUCCUGUAAUGAGGAUUGUAAUAUUGGAGAUCAGAGCGCUGCAGUGAUUAAAGAAGCGAAUUGUUUUACUGAGGGCGAUAGUAAGAAAUAUAGCUAA